CGAAAAGGUUGCGGGCACAUUGUUGAGUUUUGCAUUAAAACUAAAUAACAAUAACAAUGCUUUUCUACUCGUUUUUCAAGUCGCUGGUGGGGAAAGAAGUAGUCGUGGAACUCAAGAACGACCUGAGCAUAUGCGGCACCCUGCAUUCUGUGGACCAGUAUCUGAACAUCAAGUUGACGGACAUUAGUGUCACCGAUCCAGACAAAUACCCGCACAUGCUCAGCGUUAAGAACUGCUUCAUCCGCGGGUCCGUGGUGCGGUACGUGCAGCUGCCGGGCGACGAGGUGGACACGCAACUACUGCAGGACGCCGCGCGGAAGGAGGCAGUGGUCAGCACGAGAUAGAGAUUUUCAUCAGGAGCAAACGAUCGAAACUGCGCCCCAGGCAGUUUCAUAAUUAUGUUCUAGCAACACCUAAACGCCCUAAAAGUUAAGUGAAAAUUUGUUAAAAUGAAACAAUAAGAGAAAUCGUCUCAAGAAAUGCAUUUACAUUUUAUGAAUA